AUGGAUAAGUACAGUGAUCUACCAGAUAUCGACCAAGCAGGACAAGAAGUAUUUGAAUCGUCAGAUGUUGAAAGUGAAUUAGAAUUACCUCGUGAAGUCCCUGCAAUUGAACACGUUGACGAAAGUAAUAUAGACAUUCAGCUGUCCAAAGAUAAAUUUGCCCGUUCUGAAAUUCUAGAUUCAGUUACAUAUGAUUUCCUGGGAAAUGUAUCACGACUCAAUGGAUAUCAUUUGAACCAGGUUGAUGAAACAGUCGAGGAAAAGUUGUCAAGAAUAUCAAGGGAGUUGGAAGAAAUUAAAAUACUGGAUAAAUCCCCAACAACUACAAAACAAGUGUAUCACUUUCAAGAAUUAUUGAAUCUGCUUAAAAAACAACAAUUACAUGAUAGUGGUAACCAUAUCCAUCCAGACUAUAUUAGCAUUGAUUCCGUAUUUGAGAAGAUUGUCCCUUCUCAAGAAUCAGCCUCUGUAAUCUCAACAGAAAAUAUUCAAAGUCUAGCAUCAUUGGAAGAAAGAUUAAACACAAUCGAAUUGUCCAUUGGCACUGAAAAUCCAUCAAAACCAUUAAAUUUAGCAAUUAGAGAUCUUGAUAGAAAAAUUUCCAUUAUAGAAAACCCCGAGUAUAAUUUUGAAACCAUCCAAUCAGAAAUCAAUAAGUUAGAUAAGGAAUUAGAAACAUUGGAAAUGAAACGCAAAGUCCUAAACCUUGAUGAAGAUAUUCUCGAGAAGGAUACUUUACCCUCAGCUGUUUCUAACUUGGUUAAAAUUGAUGAAAUAUAUGAAAGACUACCUAUUAUAAAUCAGUAUAAUUCAUUAGCUCCAAAGUUAUUAUCACGAUUGAAGACAUUAAGUAAAAUUCACCAUGAUUUAGAAGGUAGUGUGGAAUUAUCUGGUUCAAUUGAUCAAGUGUUAAAAGAUAUUGAAUUAGAUAUGAGAAAUUGGGAUCAAACACUUAAUAAACUUAAUGAGAAUUUAGUUAAUUAUGAAAAGAAUUUUGAUGCUAAUUCAAGUAGUAUUAAUGAACGAGUUAAUGAUUUGAUAUUAAAAGUUGAAUCGUUAUCAACAGAUUAG